CUUGUGUUCUUGGACAGGGAGGGGGGUUUUGAGUCAUUAUUUUGAAAUCUUCUUAACCAUUAAAGUCAUGCUUUGUUACAAUGUCCUCCUAUUAUUUCAAGUAAUUCAGCUUAGCUUGUGUUCCCUCUUUCCCAAGGCACAAAUCCCCUUGGCUUUGCUUCAAAACCUCAGCCACAGCCAGAAUGUUUAAAAAACUCACCAAAUUCAUUGUAAAUCAAAUGGAUCCUUGCAAAGAAUUGGUCCCUGUCGAAAGCAUCGCAGACAAUGAGCACUUCAGGCCUCUCUAUCUACUGAAAAAAAAAAGCAAACCAAAAACUGUAUUUCACCAAGCUCCCUACUACCAGCAGACAGGAUUCACACUGGAUGAUGUGCUGCUGCCUGGAGAAGAUGGUAAAAGCAUAGAGUCCCUCCAUCAAGAAUCCAGCCAAUUUACCCUCACAAAAGUCAGCACUGACCAAGCUGAUGGAGGUCUCAGCAUUUCAUUUGACCCUACAAAUGUAGAGCUGAAAGGAAAGGCCUCCUUGUCCAAAGAGUUUUCUAUUAUGCCACAGAAGAAGAGCAUAUCACUGGAAUCACUGGAGGCACUGAGAAGAGAAAGGCAAAUCAACAUGGAUCAUUCUUUCAUCCAACAGCUACAGAGAACAGGCAUCAAGCUGUACGUGGUCACUGAAAUCCUCGAGGCCUCAGAGGAGGCUGUCUACAAGGAAUCCACCAAGGCAGACGGGGGCUUCAUGGCCAAAUUUUAUGCCACACUCUGUGCACAGAGCAACAGAGAGGACAGACAAAGCAUAGUGAUACCCAAGGGCUGCACGCUGGCCUUCAGGACCAUCCCACUACACAUUAGAGAUGGAGCAUGGGGUAAGCAACUUGCAGAAAUUAUCAAGUUCUCCAUUCCAGAAGAGGAAGAACAUUUUAUGAAGCACCACUUGCCCUCAGAGCUAUCUUCAGCUUGCAGAAUUUUCCCCGAGCUGUCUCCUGACCUGCAGCUCAUCAUCUUAAACACCAUCACAGCUGUGAUGAGAGACAAGAACCUCCUUCAAGAGCUCAACCACAAAAUGGAAGAACUUUCUGAGCAAAAUGAUGGUUAUCAGCUGGAAACUGAGAGCCCAGACUUAAAGGAACUGUUCAGCACCUUGCAGCAUUCCCCAAGAGAUCAUCUCCUUCAGCUGGCAGAAGGAAUCACCUACAUCCUUGAUGCUUUGCAUGAGUUAACGGAGGAUCAGCUGCUGCUGCUGCUGGAAUCCUUGGAAAGGAAGAUUGUGUCCCAACAGCUGAACCUGGUUGAAAACCUCCUGAAACAUGACCUGGAUAAGGGGAAGGAGCCUUUCCUUGUGGAUACCAGGGUGCUCUUCCCACAGGAGGAGGAACAGAGGUUAACCAUUGCCCUGGUGGAGCUGAGUGGAGUGCAGCUCCAGGAAGAUGGAUCAGUUAUCCCUAGGGAUAAACCCUUCGAGGCCAUGGCAGCCCUGUUUGUGGCCCUGUACACCCUUAACUUCCUGAGUGGUUCCAGGUAGGAUGUACCCGGCCCUGCCCAGGGAACCCCUCUACAAAGUUGUGUGAAAUCUCCGCCGACAAGAGUUUUCUCUCCCAAUAUCAUCCUUGUUAAUAAUCAAGGCUGAUUUGGCUGGCAAAAUGAAAUUUAAGGCAGGAAAGUUCAUUAUGGUACUAAAGGUUGGAUAUCAAAGUGGAUUUGUUUCACUGGCACCUCCCUGGUCCCAGCACUGCCAUCAUCCCUGAGAUGUUCAAUGGACACAUGCAGCACUUUACAGCAAGCAUACUCUCAUUAUCACUCUGUAAGAGGACCUUCUUGCUACACAAUUGGGUGUUCUCAAGUCAAUUUCUUAAUUUUGUGUAGUUUUGGUUACACAUCACAUCUGACAAGCUCGGGAUGCUAUAUGAAAAAUACAGGCACUUAGCCCUGGGGGGAAGUCGGGGGGUUCCUCAGGCUGUGGAGCUCUGGGAGGGUCUCUGGAGGCCAUGGGUGCCUGCAGCAAGGGACAGCACUGCUCACCUGUGUGGGGACUGAUGGCUCUGGACGACCUCCAGCAGCAGGGGCCAGGCUCUGCCUUGCAACAACUUCGAGGGGAGCCCAGCUUCAACCUGGAACCAUCAUGAGACCUUUUGGUCCCAGUCCCAGACCAGACCCCUCACCCCAGUUUCAACCUGGCCCCUCAUGGGACUCCUGCUCCCAGCCCCAGCUCCCCUCCUCACUCACGGGAUUCCCGAUCCCAGACCAGCCCUUCACAGGAUCCCCAAGCCCACAAGGGACCCUUUGCGGGGUCCCCGGUCCCAGCCCGACCCCACAUGGACCUCAAGGGACCCCUCACAGAAUCCCCUAUCUCUGUCCGGCGCCACACGGGCCCCUUCACAGAAUCCCCGGUCCCAGCACGUUCCCUUACGGGACCCCUCACAGAAUCUCCGGUCCCAGCACGUUCCCUUACGGGACCCCUCACAGAAUCUCCGGUCCCAGCACGUUCCCUUACGGGACCCCUCACAGAAUCCCCGGUCCCAGCGCGGCCCCUCAAGGGAUCCUUCACGGCGCCCCCCGUCACAGACAAGCUCCUCACGGGACUCUUCAUGGGAUCCCCGACCUGGUCCCAGCGCGGCCCCUCACGGCAUCCCUCACAGAAUCCCCGGUCCGGUCCGGCCCCUCACGGGACCCUUCAUGGGAUCCCCUGUCAGACAAGCCCCUCACGGGACCCCCAACCUGGUCCCAGCGCGGUCCCUCACGGAACCCUUCACGGAAUCUCCGACCUGAUCCCAGCCCGGUCCCUCACGGGAGCCUUCACGGGAUCACCCCUCACAGACAAGCCCCUCACGGGAGCCUUCACGGGAUCACCCCUCACAGACAAGCCCCUCACGGAACCCUUCACGGGAUCCCCC